ACUUCCAAAACCGCCGAAACUUACAGGUGCAUUAAGACCAAAUCAGGAACUAACACAUGCCGAAAUAUUGUUACUGAAUAAAAUUAAUGGACCGGAAUCGAUUGCAGUACAUGAAAAAAGCAAAACUAUAUAUGUUGGACUUAAAACCGGUUUCAUCGCCGCAAUUGAAAUUGAUAAAUUCAAAAAU